AUGUCUUAUCGGGAUUUGCGAGCAUUCUGCGAAAUGAUGCGAGGCCUGGGUUUCCCGCGUCUGGUGUCAGUGGAGAAUUUCCGGAACCCGAAUUUCCCGCUGGUCGCGGAACUCAUGGCCUGGCUCGUCAAGCGAUACGACCCGGAUGUCGACGUGCCACUCGACGUCGACACCGAGCAAGACCGGGUCAUCUUCGUCAGGUCAGUGGCCCAGUUGGUGGCCGAGAAGGCCCACGUCAAGAUCAACACCAAGCGACUCUACGAAGCCGAUGGCCACGCAGUCAAGGAGAUGUUGAAAGUGGCCAAAUUGCUUUAUGGUGCUGUGAAGGACUCGGAUGGGGAACCAAUGGGUACUGAAAGUGGUGGUGGUGGUGGUACUUCUGGUACUGAAGGAGGUGCCCGUGAAGUACCAGUUAUGUUUGAUGCCCAGGCAAAAAUUUCUCAGCUGAAGCGCACAAGACAGCUAGCCACGGAAAUAACAGUGAGUGGGGCGAAGUUGUACGACCUUCUGGGCAAGGAAAUGCAUCUGCGCCAGGCUCGCAACACUGCCCUGGGCAGGCAGCUGGAGCUGGCAGAUGUCGAGAAUAACCUGCGACGAGCAGUGUCACAGGUUGAACAGGAAAUCCGCUCCACCAGUGACGGUGUCGACAACAUUGCCCAGGAAGAGGCGGCUUGGGACUCCAAGAUCGACAAGAAACGCAUCGAACUGGACCGCGUCGAAAAACGCCUCCAAACUUUACGGAAGGUCCGACCCGCGUUUAUGGACGAGUAUGAGAAGCUAGAAGGAGAAUUCAAGCUGGCAGCUGAAGGUGACGUGGUCACGAGUGCCAUCGCUGGUUCGACGGUUGUCAUGCCAGCUACUUCCGUGCCACCGAGCAGAGGCAAUGAUGGCUUGGAAUCCUCAGUUCCUGUGCAGAUUGACGACGAUGACGAUGAUGAUUUUUGA